CUUCAUUUCAUAUAUUCUGUAAUUUCAUUCUUGCUGCUCUGUUCUUGUCAUAACAAAAGAUAAAAAGCUGUAAAUUAUAAGCAAAUAACUAAACAUGUUGGGUGUGUUCAGCAGCUCCGUCGUAUCCCCGCCAGACGAGCUAGUUGCAGCUGGCAGCCGAACACCGUCACCAAAGACGACGGCGACGGCACUGUUGAAGCGUUUCUCUGAGAGCAACGGUGGUUCAACAGUGUCAGUUGAAGUCGGAGAUAAAGUCCGGUUUGCAUAUACACAUCAGAACGAGUCGUCGUUACAACCCAGAAUGUUUGGUGUAAAAGAUGAGAUAUUCUGCAUGUUUGAGGGAGCUCUAGACAAUUUAGGGAGAUUAAGGCAACAAUAUGGACUAGCCAAGUCAGCUAAUGAAGUUGUUUUGGUGAUUGAGGCUUACAAAGCUUUACGUGACAGAGCACCUUAUCCUCCCAAUCACGUUGUUGGUCAUCUCAGUGGCACUUUUGCUUUCAUACUUUUUGACAAAUCCACUUCUACUCUUUUUGUGGCCUCUGAUCAAUUUGGUAAGGUACCACUAUUUUGGGGAAUAACUGCUGAUGGAUAUGCAGCAUUUGCUGAUGAUGCCGAAUUGCUUAAAAGUGCUUGUGGAAAGUCACUUGCUUCUUUCCCUCAAGGAUGUUUCUACUCAACUGCUGUUGGAGGAUUGAUGUGCUAUGAGAAUCCUAAAAAUAAAAUUACUGCAGUGCCUGCUAAUGAAGAGGAUUUCUGGGGUGCAACCUUCAAGGUUGAAGGGGCAACAGUUCUUGCAGCCAGAGAGUAGACCUUUUUAUGAGUGAAUGCUUUCUAAAGGGGCUAUGUAAUUAAAUGGCUUAAUGAUGAGUGAAGCAAAGUGGUAGAAGUGUAACCUUGUUCAUUAGAGCUAUAAUUUACUAUUUCUAUCCAUGUAUAGUUGUGUUUUUUCAAUCUAAUCUAAUAAUAAUGAUGAUUGUGGUUCUCUAUUGUCCUUA